UUCCCGAAACUCAUCACGGUGUUAGGUAUUUUAAAACUAAAGGGAGUCAGUUAAACCUCAUUCACAAACCUGUUUAGUGAUAACAUCCCGAUAAAGCUGCUUUACGAUGUUCUAGAGUGGAUUCAGCGCGUCUCCAGUGCGUAAUUGUGGAAACUUUGAACCGCCCCCAAAAUCUACCGGUGCUCUACCAAGUUGCGCUCCGCUUGCGCUCUUUCUGUAAGAGCUUCUUAAUCAAAAUUCUCGAUAAAUGAUGAGAACGUAAAAAGGACAGUUUCACAUGUGAAAGAUAUACUUUCAACAAUCUCUGAGAAUGUCACUGCGAACCAGGGCAGGAUUUUAUCGCCAGGACAUAAACAGAACCGUUUGGGACGUGCCGGAGAGAUACAGAGAUCUUAUUCAGAUAGGAACCGGAGCAUACGGAACGGUCUGUUCAGCCAUUGAUCGUAAGACAGGAGUGCGUGUGGCCAUCAAGAAACUCCAUCGGCCAUUCCAGUCCAAACUAUUCGCCAAACGCGCUUACAGAGAGCUACGACUCCUCAAGCACAUGAAACAUGAGAAUGUUAUUGGGCUGCUGGAUGUCUUUACCUCAGAAAUCUUGUUGGACAGAUUUCAGGAUUUUUACCUGGUGAUGCCGUUUAUGGGAACUGAUCUGGGAAAGCUGAUGAAGAUGGAGAGACUAUCCGAGGACAGAGUGCAGUUUCUGGUCUAUCAGAUACUAAGGGGUCUCAAGUACAUUCAUUCAGCUGGGAUCAUUCACAGGGAUCUCAAACCAGGAAAUCUGGCAGUGAACCAGGACUGUGAGCUGAAGAUCCUGGACUUUGGACUUGCACGUCAGGCAGAUUCAGAAAUGACAGGUUAUGUGGUGACUCGUUGGUACAGAGCACCAGAGGUUAUCCUCAACUGGAUGCAUUACUCACAAACAGUUGAUAUCUGGUCAGUGGGCUGCAUCAUGGCAGAGAUGUUGCUUGGAAGGCCACUUUUUAAAGGAAAUGACCACUUGGACCAGCUAAGAGAGAUCAUGAAAAUCACAGGAACACCAGCACCAGAUUUCAUAAUGAAGCUACAAAGCCAAGAUGCCAAAAACUACAUCAGAGGUCUACCUAAAGUACCAAAGAAAGACUUAAACACCAUUUUCUUCAAAGCCAGCACAGAGGCGGUGAGCAUUCUGGAGCAGAUGCUUGUUCUGGAUCCAGAAAAACGUCUGAGCGCUGCAGAGGCGCUUGAGCUCCCCCUGUUUACAGAGUUUAGAGAGCCUGAGGAAGAGACGGAGGCCCUGCCGUAUGACCACUCCAUGGACAACACAGAACUGCCUCUGGAACAAUGGAAACGUCACACUUUUACAGAGAUCCUGUCUUUCCAGCCACCUGUCACAGAGAUCAGAGACUCCAAAGAAACAUCCCUCUGAAAGAUAUCAUAGAUAUUGUAUCUCACUAUGUCAUUGAUAUGCAUAAAUGUGUGACAAAGAGAGAGAACAGAAAAUGGAAUGAAUGUAAUCUGUAUGACUUUGUAAGUAAGUAAAUGUAAGUGAGUUUGUCACAGUGUUACUCAGUUAUAAGACUCAAUGACAUUGUUAUGUUAUGUGAAUUAUAAAUGAUUUGAAUAUGCAAAAUUCAUGUUUUACCUGCAACCGAAAGCAGCCCAAAAACCACUGUAUUUGAAUGCUAGUCUUAAUGAUUUCAGUGUGCCAGUAGACAAUAUUUUUACUUUACCGAUCAGUUCUUAUUUAAUUUAUUAAAUAAUACAGGGAGUGCAGAAUUAUUAGGCAAGUUGAUUUUCUGAUCAUAUUUUUUUUCCCAAGCACAUUUCACCAAUUC